AUGGUUUUGCAUCGCCCAAGAAAUGGAGGAUCUAACACUAACCCUCAGUCUAUACCAACACCAGGAGUAAGCAAUCCCAACCAUCCUUCUCCAUCUCUUCAAACAAAUCCUAAUUUUGAUGUUGCUUCCCCUCAUCCCUCAACAAGCCAAUCCCAACUCUCCCCUCCUCCUGCUCAGCCCAAUUCCAACCCACCCUCCACAAACCAAUCCCAACCUUCCCUUCCCCCUGUUCAGCCUGAUUCCAACCCACCCUCCACAAACCAAUCCCAACCCUCUCUCCCCUCUGCUCAGCCCAAUUCCAACCCACCCUCCACAAACCAUUUCCAACCCUCCCUUUUCCCUGCUCAACCUAAUUCCAACCCUCCCUUGCUUUCUCAACAAUCUACCAGUCACCAAAAUCCCAGCCAAUCUCAAACAAGUGUGACCAAUUCAGUCAUCCAGCCAGAGACUUCCAGUGGUGCAACAAGUGCGGCAAGUGGUGUUGUUGGUCUGGUGGACUUGACAUUGCCUACAAGUGAAUAUGGUGUCAUCGCUUUAGAUGAUGUCAAUGACAAUGAACUUGACAGAAGCUAUUUAGCUAGUAACCCAGUAAAUGUUGACUCAGCUGGGAUUGUAAAAGAAGACAAAAGUUCUUUGGGAAUUCUCAAUCAGAAUGCUCAAGCUAAAUAUAUUUUGAAAAAGCUUUUAUUAAUCCCCAGUUCACAUUUCACUGUAGACUAUAAGCACUGGUAG